AUGUCGCGGUCACAUGCUCCAUCACGACAAAAUGCAUUUCUUUGUCGAAAGCUUCCAUCAUAUGAUAGCGCUGUUAAAUAUCGCAAAAAACAUAGGAGAUGUUGUAGCCCAAAUGCGUUAAUGUCCGCGCAUUUCAGACAUUUACGCACUUGGGAUACAACAGAGACACAAUGA